AUGACUGAUCUUGAAGGCCCCACAUCUGUAAAAGUGAAGGUCAUUAUGCCACCCAGAUUCCUUCGAGGUAGAGGCAAAGGACCCGUGACAGGUCAUGAUCACGAAGCCGGGCCUUCGCACCGGCGAACCCCAUCCAUUACUAUGAGCACCAGCCCGCAAGAGCCCUGGAGACUCUAUGUCGAACCAGGAAGGCGAUCAGUAUCCCUUAGCUCCUCUCCUUCGUACCAACAUUCAUUUGGGCCCAAUUCUGAAAACGAGCCCAAUAACCAGCCUCCAGCUUUCAUACCUCUCCAAAGAUCCAAUUCUCACCAUUCUUUUGGCAGCCCAACACCCGUCUUCCAAAGCCGGUUUAACCCGGCUAACCUUUUGCCUGAACCCAUGGGUUUUAACCCACUCGGACCGGGAGACCACUUUCCAGAGGAAAACGACAUGGAUGAGGAUACUGACCCCGUGGAGCCAGCAUCAGGAACGCCGAACCAUCCCAUCGAGAUAUCAGAUGGGUCAUCAUUCCAUGGAUCGCCAUAUCGUGGUCCAGACAGCUACGAGGAAAGGUUCCGAAACAUUGACUGGUACUUCACACCGUCUGAACACUCGCAUCAUGAGCAGCAACAGGAUCCUUCAGUGGGUCAUCAAUUUGUGGCAGUCACGCCACCGCCGCCACCGCCACCAUCUAGUGGCAGCCAUUAUCCCCCACUUCAGGAGGAAGAAGACCCCUAUGAUGGUGGUCCGUCAAGCCCCAUACCAGAUGUCAACUCAGUACCUGUGGUACCACCUCUGGGUUUCGAUAACCCGAUUCCUGCAUAUGCUGGGUCAGCGGCGUACAACCCAUUUGAGCAGCCGGCACACACCCACUACAACUACAACUACGGUUAUGCAGAGGUAGAUCCAUACCUAGUAGCUCGGGAUUACAAUGCCCUUCAUCCUGAAGGACCAUAUGGAGGGCCAUGGACUACUGGUUACCCGACUUAUGGGUACCAGCAUCAGCCACCUCCUCCGCCGGUGUAUCAGCCGCCUCAGCCACCGAUUCAACAGGAAGUCCUUGAGAGGCUGAGCCAAGUUGAACAAGAAGUUCGUGAAGACCGCAAAGAGCGGCAAGGAUUCUUUAAGGGGCUGUCAGAUUUGCUUAAGGGGAAGUCGAAGAGGAGGGGUCAUUGA